CAUAGGUCUUAUAUAAGUUAAAAAAGUUUGUUUAUUUAUUUGACUUUGGUUCUUUUACCCGCCUAACCAUUAACCAAGAGACAUCAAACUGUCAUUAAUUUGUCAUUGGUUGGUUAAGUAUUAACUAGUUAAUAAGUUUUUAAUAAUUUUUCAGUUUUCUUUAUGGUAAAGUAGUUAUUAAUAAAGAAUACGUAAUAAUAUUAUUUUCCUUCGUUAAAUAAAAACAUUCUCAUAACAAAUGAAAAAUAAAACAAGUGAAUGCAAGUGUUUCAAGUUCAUCAACAAUCAAGUUGCUCUACUUUCUACUUACGCUUAGCCGCAAGAAAAACGCUGACAUGCAGGUUCAAAGAAACGAGAAGAAUCACAAUUAUGAAUUAAAAAGUACUUAUCCUUCAUAACUAUAACUCGUACCUAUUGUAUUACUUACAAGAGGAGGGAAGAACCAGAUUUUGAUAUAUAAAAUGUUUACUGUAAAGUGUUGGGUGCCCCACUGUAAUGCUUCCAAGGAUUUGGAACCUAAUCGGAGUUUUUUUCCAUUGCCAAGAGACCACAAGUUCAAAGAGACUUGGUUGGCUUUAACAGGAAAAAAACUAAUUUCAGAAGAACAGGUCUAUUUUUGCAAUAUUCAUUUUCGUAGAUCAGCUCUUGAGAUAGUAAUGGGUAAAGUUAUAGGGUUGAAAUCGAGAGCUUUACCUUACUACGGAAUGCCACAAAUGAUUUGUAGGACUUGUAUGACUACUAUAGCGAGUAGUGCUCUCUUCUGUGUUGUCAGUGGAACAAUACCUAGUCCAGUUCCACCUGAGUAUGAAAUAAACGUGAUCCAGUGUCGUCCAGAACCCCUGUAUCAAAUCCUCACUUUCUGCAUACCCAAUUUGAGUUUGGAGCAAAACCCUCCAUCUCUCAUCUGUAUAAAAUGUUACCAAAGUGUUUGGCAGUACUUCGUAUUCAAAUUAACAUGUAAUUCCCUUCAAAAUCGGGUUCGGGGCAAUCUCAGUCUAGAAGAAUAUGGCAAGCUAGUCUUAUGCCGUGGUUGUCCGACGACUUCAGGCACCAGAUUUUUCAUAUUGCAGGAGACCGAACCGAUGGGCCAGGUGUUUAAGAAUAUGUUCCUUACUAGUUAUCCUACACAUAUCGUGCCACUGAAGCUAUGCCUCAAGUGUUGGAACUUACUUUUCAAGUUGACUCAGUUCAACCAACAAUGCCUGGCAUUGGAUCAAAUAAUUCAACGUUGUACGGAAAUCAAUCAGGUGCAACUUUCUCUUCCAAGAGAUAACACGACACAGUCCCUUCAAAAUCUAAUUGAAACUUCUCCUUCUACCAGUAAAUGUUCUAGUGACUUAAAUACUAGUAGUUUUAAUAAGUUAAGUGACGUAAAGACGACUCAAAAAGUUAAAUCAGUGGAAAAACUUGAGGAAAAAUACAGUGGAAAGAGAGAUUUUAGUAAAGUUCUUGAAGUGGAUCCUGAAAUGCCUAAGCUUGUGCCCCAAGUUGAAGUUGAAUCUGAGACGAAACCUAAACCUGCCACUGGUAGAAGAAAAAACUCCACGUUAGAGUUUAAACAUUUCCUAGCAAAGCUCAUGCUAAAGCACAGUAUAUCCCUCAAGCAAGACUUAGAUCCAAUCAGUAAAGCCAAGGCCGAUCUAGAAAUGUGGUUCAAUAUCAUGAACGAAGUUCACAGCUAUGGUUACGUUUACACACUAGCAUAUGUGCAAUCUUUGUGGAAUAAAAUAAAGUCUAACGCUAGAUUGGCUCAAAAAAGCAUGGGCCCCAUGACUUACUUGGAUUAUUUAGUGAAUAUCAGCAAAGCUAACAUUGAUGAUGCAAGUGCUGCCAUUGACGGCUCGGAUGACACAGAAAGUUGCGACAGUGAUCUAACUGAAAAAACAGACACAACUAGUACUAAUAGUGAUAUCAAUCAAGGAGAAAUAAAAAAAGAAGAGAAACAAAGUCCAUUGAAGUACCCCAUUAAUGCUGUUACUGUCGGAGAAAAUUGUGAUGUUAUUUGUAUAGACGAUGAUUCAGAAACAGAGGAAAGUUCCAAAAACGAUUCCUCCAGUAAAGAUGUUAAUGUUGGGACGAGUGGUACUGCAGUAAUACAAAAUAAUUGUGAUACGAAUCAUAAAGAAAACAAUAUUGAUAGUACUGAGAAAACUUUGGGUAUGUUACGCAAGAUUCGAAUUAAAAGAAUCGUGAAAAAAGUAGAAGACAAUCUUGCCAAAUCUGCUGACGGCGAUUCAUUUAAUGGUAAGAAAAGCAAUCAGAAUAAGCUGAAGCAGCGCAAGAUUAGGGAAUUCUGGGGAAAGGACCAAAAGCUAGAGCUCGUACGGGAGAUGCGAAACGAGUGUAACCAGCUUAUAGAGAACAGAGAACUGGAAACGUUCAAGUACACUCCGUGGAAGAAUAUACUGGAUCGAGUGGCAUCUAAGGGAUUCAAGGGCUAUAAUUUCGCAAAGUUGUACACCGUGUGGGGUAAGAUGAAAAUGUCGGCGACGAUAUACGAGAAAAAUGGACAGGAUAAAGUAGAUGACGAAGUAUGGGACCUUCUACAAUUACACAAAGAGGUACAAAAGAACUUACUGAAGAAGAGGAAAACCGGGGAAGAUUGUGAAGAAGAUGCUCUACAAGACGACGGUGAAUGUAAAGAAAGUGAAACGCCAGCGUCUUCCAAAAGGCCGAAAUUGAUCACUUCGAAGUGCAAAGAUCUAAGUUCGAAAGAUUCUGGGAGUUCCCAUCAAACCACAGGAAAGAAUGCCACUACUCCUACUAACCUAAACAAGGCAACAUCAAAAGAGCAAAAAAGCACCGCUACUGCUAAUAAAUUGAUUAGUUCUUUGUCAGAAGAUGAAAAGUUGGAAAUUCUUGAAUUAAUAGAACUACAGUUAUCCAGUACGCUGGCGAAAGGCGUGAUUAAUGAAUCUUUCACAGCUAUAUUGGAAAAGAUAAAGUAUAAGAAUUAUUCUGCUAGUGCCAUAACGAACUUCUGGCAAAAACUCGCUCUGGCAGCUUCCGAAUGCCAAGAUACUGCGACUCCUGUACAUAAAAAAGUUACAAAGUUGCUCGAUAUUUAUCGUCAAAACAAAGUUAAUAGAAAAGUAAACGUUUUCCGUGAGACUGAAAAUGUGAAGGAAAAAACAGUGGCAGCGCAAUUUAGCGGCCCUAAAAGACGUGGCAGACCAAGCAAGUACAGGGACAAGGAGAAGCUGGACUUUAUUUCUGUUAUAAAGUCUUUCGGUAAUGAGGUGUUCAAGAAAAUGUCACGUCCUGAACGUCUAAACUUCUGGGCCAAGGUAGCCGCCAAGUUGCACACCAUGGGCUAUAGUACAAAAUCAAAUGAGAUUUAUAUUCUGUGGGGCCAUAUGCUACGUUCGGCCAAACUUUCGUGGGCACAAGAGGACAGAAAGCCUUAUGUUGGGGACAAAGAGAUCAUAGAAUUCAUGACAGACGUGAUAAAGGAAAAGGAGAAGUCUACGCAAGAUUGCCAGUUGGAUUUGAAUGGGGAUGAAGAUGCAACGCUUCAGGAGGAUUUGAAUAAUUAUGAAGGAGAGGACUCAUAUAAUUAUGAGGAAGAUGAAAAAGUUAGCGCGCAAGAUCUGGAAAAUUUCGAGGAGAGUUUAAAAGACGAGGAAGAAUCUCUUCAUCAGUCAUAUGACGAUAUUGUCGAGAGUGGCAGUAGGGAUGAUAGUAAUGAACAUGUUUCAUUAGAUGAGUACGAUUACGUGUCAUUAGAGGAUAUUCAGAAGCAGUAUGGAAAACAAGUUUUUGUAAAUCCAAAGCCACCUGCAAUAAAUGAGGUUAUUGAAAUCUCAGAUUCAGGAGAAGAAUAAGCCGUUUUAUUUAUUUUUUCAAAUUUUUGUGAAAAAUUUUAAAUUAUGGCAAAGGUGACUUAGGCCUCCAAAUAUUUUUAAUUAAGAGUAGAAAAAUGUACUGCCAUUAAGUGUUAUUGAAAUGUAAUAUUUACUUUAAUAAGUAGAUGAAUUUUUUUGUUUAACCAUUGUUCUGAUUUCAUUUUCAUUUCAUAGGUACAUGUGUGUUAUUAGUUAGUAUUAUGUAGGCUAUUCAAAUUGUUUUUAUAUGUUUAUUUUUCCA